CAAACAUUACACCCUAUUUGUGUCGGCAGAGACUAAACCGUUUUUUUUUCCUCACUCCUUCUCCUCAUGAGUUAGAUAUUUUCUUUUCCCUCAUUUUCUCCGUUUUUUUUUGCCGGGAAAACUCAGUUCAAAAUGAUGAAGAAGAAACCGAGCGCGACGGAGAAUUCUUCGUCCUCGUCGUCGACGGCGAGAGAAGAAGAGACGGAGUGGGAGAUGAGGCCCGGAGGAAUGUUGGUGCAGAAGAGGACCGCCAAAACGGAGGCUGUGACACGCAAUUUGCGCCUCCGAAUCGCGUACGGCGCUCUCCGUUACGAGAUCCACGUCGGUUCAAUGGCCACCUUCGGGGAAGUGAAGAAGAUUCUGAGUGGUGAAACGGGUUUACAGGUGGAUGAGCAGAGGCUGGUGUACAGAGGCAAAGAGCGUGAGAAUGGAGAGUACUUGGACGUGUGCGGAGUGAAAGACAGAUCAAAAGUUGUGCUAAUCCAAGACCCUUCCAGCAUUGAACGACGCUUCAUCCAGAUGCGUAUCAACGCUAAGAUCCAAACCGCACAUCGCGCAAUCAACAACGUCGCAGUCCAACUUGAUCAGCUUGCAGACCAGGUCUCUGCCAUUGAAAAGUCUAUUUCCAACGGAGUCAAAGUACCAGAAGUUCAAAUCACAACACUAAUUGAGAUGCUUAUGAGACAAGCAAUCAAAUUGGAAAGCAUUUCUGCAGAAGGCGAUGCUUCUGCACAGAAAAAUUUGCAGGGAAAGAGAGUGCAAAAAUGUGUUGAAAAACUGGAUCAACUUAAGGUAACUAAUGCUAGUAUAAAGCCUGUUGUUGUUACAACCAAGUGGGAGACAUUUGAUCAUCCACCAUCCUCAACCACGUGGGAAUUAUUCGAUUGAGUUUAAUCUUUUUUUACUCCAAUGUCUUCUCUUUGUCUAUACGUUCUUGCUUCUUGUUUCGGAACUCUGUUAAUAAGUCUUGCUAUCCCACUAGUAGCUAAGUUUUUCUCCAAAAUACUUCUUCAAAUGGCAAUUGAAAUAGAAAUCGGAAAUGUUAAUAAUAUAUCCAUAUUUAUUAUUUGAUGGUGAA